UCCACGCUUAGGGAGCAAACCCCCCUGUGACUUUGCCUUGCCUUCCCGACUUGACCCACUACCACGCGCCUGCAACCCCCGCACUUCGCCGCCGCGUGAUACCCGGCGACCGCAGAGGCGCUCGGCCGCGCGCUCAUCUCGGCGACUCGGAUCUCGCAACCAUGUCUACUGUCAAGGGACAGACCAGGGGAGAGAGGCCUAGGGCGCGCCCUCAUGGAUUGGCGCCGCAGAAGAGGCAGGAAAUAAAGGAGGCCUUUGAUCUCUUUGAUACUGAUAACUCCGGAACCAUUGAUGCCAAAGAGCUUAAUGUUGCCAUGAGAGCCUUGGGAUUUGAGAUGACAGAAGAGCAAAUCAACCAAAUGAUUGCUGAUGUAGACAAAAAUGGCAGUGGAGCGAUAGAGUACGAGGAGUUUGAGCACAUGAUGACUGCCAAAAUUGGAGAGAGGGAUUCUAAAGAGGAGCUUACAAAAGCAUUCCGUAUUAUUGACCAAGAUAAAAAUGGGAAGAUUUCAGGUGUUGAUAUUCAGCGGAUUGCCAAAGAGUUAGGUGAAAAUUUCACGUAUCAAGAGAUUCAAGAAAUGGUGCAAGAGGCGGAUCGAAAUGGUGACGGUGAGAUAGACUUUGAAGAGUUUACUAAGAUGAUGAGGAGGACCAACUAUGGUUACUAGGUGGAUCGCCUUGCGAGUGCUUGAAUUUGUGCAGUUAUUUUAUAACCACCGUGCGUGUGCUUAGUUUAUUAACUGUUGUAGUCACUCUGAACAAUAAUGUUGUACCCUGCCUACUUAAGGAUGUUGACAUAUUUAUGCACUUGCGAUAUUCGACCGA